AUGAAAAACAUCGUGAGCAACGCUGCAGCGAGGAUUUUCUACCGCAUCCACUGCACCACUGGGGCGUUUUCCGCGACUGAUUUGCUGAGGCCGGGUAUUGACUUUGGCCACUUUAAGACCGGCCACUUGACCACGGUCGAUCUCUCGAAGCGUGGCUUGGAUGACGACGAUUUCGUUUUCUUAGAGGAAUGGCUUCGAAGAUACGACUGUGUGACUGACUUGAACAUCUCAUGGAAUUUUAUGUCUAGAGAUGGGAUCCGAAAGCUGACGCGGCAUAUCAAGGAGUCGAAGGUCUUGACAAAGCUCAAUUGUGUUGGUCUCCCCGUGACCUUGGAGGGCUCGUCGCUGCUGGCGCGUGCGGUCGUGGAAAAUCACACCCUGCGGCAAGUGGCGUUGCCCUUGGGACACUGCCACGACACCACGGAGAGACAGCAGAUGAUUCAGCAGUUCGGAAUGGGCUUGGCCAGCCACCCCACGCUGCAAAGCUUCGCGUGCACGCGGACGCCCAACUUGGAAUAUGCCGGUCUCAAUGACGUCAGAGAGAACAAGAUUCGAGCCUUCCCUCCGGAGCGCAGUGGCGGCUGGCCACGCACACAGGUGGCUGUGUACAUGUGGUUUCUGGCGGCCACCAAGCCUGACUUGGAGAGGUUGACCCUCGGGGGCAGCGGCAAACCGAAGGUCGACUACCCCAAAGAAGUUUGUCAAAGUGCGAACCCAGAUCUGAUCCCUGCAACGUUGGGCGUCUUGCACGACGCAGGCCAUCGGCUGCAACAGGUGUCGAUCGCACUACCUCUGCACUACGCUUCACGUGCCAUGGAGCUGCUGAGAGUGUUGACGGUUUGUGUCAGUUUGAGAACUUUGAAACUGUUGGGCUUCGCUUCUGCCACCUUCAAAGAUUCUCAGCUGCCGCCUGAAUGGACGUCCAUCGGCAACGCGCCUCGGUGGCUUUUUGAAGAUCGCUUGCAGCGCAAGAGGACACACUGGCAAGCACUUCAUGGUUUAUUAGCGGCCUUGCCUCACUUGGAACAGUUCAAUGAUCUGGCCCUGGGCGGGCCCAGCAUGCGCGAGUCGCCUGAGCUCACGUGUUUGCUGCUGAUGCAAUGCGUGGAAGGCGUUGCCACGGAUCUGGCCAAUGGUGCAGGUGGUGGAGAAGCACUGCUGAAGGCCAAUCUGCAAGCAGACGCGGAUGUGGACGCUUUUUGCGACAUCUUGCGCUUGUUGAGUCGGGGCCUCAAAUGA